AUCCCAUAAUCCUUUUCUCCUGUCACUGACGUCACACAGAGCCCGGACCCGGCGUACCCCUGCCAGAAGCGGUGUGCGUUUGGCAACAAAAGACUCGUUUUUAAACAGUUAACAAAAAUCUGUCGACGACAUCCUUUUGGGGGACUUUAUCAAAGGGAUGACACUGCCGCGGUUAGUGUCCGUUGGAGGAAGAGGAAGAGGAAGGAGGUGAUGAUGAUGACAUGCAGUUAGCUGGCUGGCUGACGGACAGUCGGACAAGAGCCCGCUGAGUGUGCGGUGUCACCCCACAACCAGAGCAGGAUCUGGGACCAGGAGAGGCGAAGAUGCCGCGUAGAAAACAAUCCAACCCCCAGCCGGUGAAAUUGGAUUCAGAGGACGGGGCGUUGGUGUGUGACCCCAGCUGUCUGGUCCUGGAGAGCGACUUCCUGCUGAGCGGAGAGCUGGAGUUUGGAGACUCUGAGAUCAUGGGGCUGGAGAGAGAGACGGGUAUGACAGUGUUUUCUCUGGGCGUCGAGGACGACCCCUCAGCACCCACAGACUCCGCCUUCCCCCCUUUCCUUUCCUGUAAAGGUUGUGGUCAGCUCCUGGAAGACACGCCUCUGGGUGCAGGUUUAGAUCUCGGUGUGGGCCUUGACCUGGGGGCGGAGCUUUAUUGUCUGACCUGUGAGGAAGGCCUCCAGCAUGAAGCCCUGAUGGACUCCUCUCAGGUGGAGGGCUUAAACCUAGCGGACGGAUCCAUCAGCGAGGCCUCCGACAGGAAGAGAAGCGUAGGUGAGACAGGUGAAGAUGGUGAUGUCACUCCUAAACUGUUCUCGUGCUCGCUGUGCGCCUUCACCUCCCGCUACUCCAACCAUCUGAAGCGCCACAUGAGGACCCACGACGGCCAGAAGCCGUACUGUUGCCCCGUCUGCCCCUACGCCUCGGCCCAGCUCGUCAACCUGCAGCGCCACGCCCGCACACACACCGGGGAGAAACCGUACGGCUGUCACCAGUGCAGCUACGCCUGCAGCUCCUUGGGAAACCUGCGCAGACACCAACGCAUGCACACGCAGGAGAGACCGCAGAGGAGGGAGAAGGAGAAGAGGCGAGGGAGGCGGAAAAAGAAGAACUCUGAAACAGAAGAUGUGGUUUCAGACCUGACCCUGAGAGUGUCCCAGGAUGCAGGAUUCCUCCAGACGUUGGGCGGCCUCGGCUCCCCCUCCGCCCCGCUCCCCGUCCUCCUCUUCCCCCUGUGCUGCCGGCUGUGUGGCCUCACCCUGGAGGAAGCCGACCUGGAUGGAGACAAGGCAGAGGGAGAGGGGGAGGGCGAUGGGGGACAGGUGUGUCGUCGCUGCUCAUUGGACCUGCUGUCUAAAGAGGGAUCAGAGCCCCCCUGCAGCCCAUCGAUGCCUCGGGGGUCAAGACGAGGUCAGCGUGGCUCAAAGCUGUACCGCUGCCCUCUCUGCCCCUUCCUGUCCCACUACCCCAACCACCUGGCCCGCCACGCCCACAUCCACUCCGAGGAGAAGCCCCACCGCUGCCCACACUGCCCCUACACGUCCUCUCACCUCGACAACCUCAAACGUCACCUGCGUGUGCACACGGGCGAGAAGCCCUACCAGUGCCCGUCCUGCAGCUACGCCUGCGGGAACCUCGCCAACCUGCGGCGACACGAGCGCAUCCACUCGGGCGCCAAGCCGUUCCACUGUGGCGUCUGCGGCUACUCCUGCAACCAGAGCAUGAACCUGAAGAGGCACAUGCUGCGGCACACGGGGGAGAAGCCAUACGCCUGCGCCGAGUGCGACUACACCACGGGCCACUGGGACAACUACAAACGCCACCAGAGGAAACACGGACACAACACGGACAGCUGGGACAAACACGCACCUAUCAACGGCCUCAGCUGGGACACAGACACUCAGGAGAGCAGGGAGCAGGAGCACAGCUAGAUAGAUUGUGUGUGUGUGUGUGUGUGUGAGUGAGAGUGUGUGUGAGUGUGUUGUAUACACUGGUGAACCUUCAGCUCAGGCUGGAGAUAAACUCAGGUGCCUUCGACAGACUGAACGACUGUAACUGCACUGACUUCAUGGACGAGCAUUAAUAACUUUUUCUCUGGUUGAUGCUCUCCACUGACUGAACCUGAUCGUUGAAAUGUUUAUUUUUCUUCUUCAGAUAAUCUAUUUUUUGUAGAUGUGUGUGGAUUUAUUUCACAACAGCAGGCUGGAUCAUGGUCUUUAGGUUGAUUUAAUGAUGAAAAAACAUGAAGUUUAAGGACCUUUACUUUAGGAAAGAAGGCUGCUAAGAUUUUAAUCUUUGUUAUUCAGAUCAAGUAAUAGUUUAUUUCAACUUGAAGAGUCUUAAUCUGCCUCUUUACCUCUCAGACUUCAAUAAUUCAGGGAAGAAUAGAUAGUCACAGAAAGACUCGCGACGCAGUUUUCCACCCGACAUUAAGAAACCUGGUGAUUCAUUUGGUAUUUAUUUAGUUUAGUUUGCUUUAAAAGUUCAGCAGGAAUGAAAUCUUGUUUUUUAAUGUAGUAUGAGAUGAAGCAGACGUGGAUUAAAUCCAGCUCUGCCUCAGUAAAAGUCAAAGUCUAUACUGUGAAUUUCUGUGUUGUAGAAACAUGAGGGAAUAAACGAAGCUGGCUGCUGAAAAUGUGAAUGUGUAAAAAAAAAAAAGAGACCAAGGCAUACCCGAGACCAGCGUGCUCCGAGACCGGGUCAAUGAAUAUCAAUGAAUAUCUAUGAAAAAUCAUCAUCUUGUGUUUAAGGGGUGUGUCACUAAUUUAGACUGUAACACCUGGAAGGUUGCGGUCGUAACUGACAGUAAUGACGUGAGAAAAGAGCCUAUCAGUGGUGGUGGUCUUGACCGGUCUUGAUUUAAAGUCUGGAGUCCUCCCUGUCCGAGAAAAUACUGAAUAGAAAAGCUUGCUGUUCCAAGAUGAGACCAAGACUUUGAAGAAGUGGUCUCUAGACCGAGACCGAUCUCGAGUACUACAACACUAGCCACAGUUACUCGCAGAUGUGGCCUUUAUGUUUUUAUAAAUUAUGGUUUGUGUUCAACAAGCAAUAACUCUGAAAAUGUUGAAAACUUUUUGAUGCAAUUCAGCUGGAACUUCACCGAUCCAACACCAAAUUGUUAAUUCAAGCAAGUCUUGAUUUCUGCCCCACAAUUAAGAAGGUUAAAGGUUUAAAUUAGCCUAGCUUAACAUUAAGACUGGAAUCUGGGGGCAGCUAGUCUGGCUCUCUCCAAAAACACCCAAAGGCCCCACUUAAUCCCUCUAGUGUGUGUGAUUGUGUUUUUGUUGUUGCACACAGAGAAACUAAACAAGUGAAAAGGUGGCGUCGCCGUUGUGAGGCUGCCAGGUUUGUUGUCCGCAGUGCCUUCAUAUCUACAAUAAAAGAAGUCUGACUGAAGUGAA